UCAUUAAAUAUAUACUAUGUAUAUUUUCUAUCCACCGAGUGCUUGCAUAUUAUAAUUUAUGAACAAUCAAAGAUGCUGCAAUACAACAGGGGAAGGGCUGAAAGCCCUUCAUGUAAACAGCUUCUUUACAUUUCUACGUGCAUUGCCGGAUUCGAUUUGUGUCAUGCGUUAUAUUUUACGUUUCUGGCUAUUAGAUCCUUAACAUUAGAAGUAAAUUAUGUUGCUGUCUUGGGACUUCUGGGAUCGAUGAUUUGGGUGGUUUUUGUUGUGCUGCUUAUGGUGGGUCUAUGGACGGAUCGUCAAGUACUUGUUGAAUGCUGGCUGGUCUUCUCCCUAAUUGGCAUUUUACUCGAUAUAAUAUUGCUGAUCUAUACCAUAAUUACUACCGAACAUAAACGCUUGCCGCAGAUUAUGCAAUUCGUUUUACUUGGCUUAGCCAUCAGCAUCGAGUGGUGCUGCAUAUUUAUUGUCUACAAAUACUGCAACACAAUGGCUGAUUCAUGUAACGGAAGUCAAAUUGAAAUAAGAAAUUCUUUAUUAAUACAUCGCAGGCAUAUUCAAGAACAUGACCGGGAGCUGUAUAGAAAGUUACAGGAGGAAGAAAAGAAAGGAGAAAGACGCUCGGAGAGACAGGUUACGAUAAACGAGUCCGGUGAAGAGUCCGAUAAACCAGAAAAGAAGAAGCGAAAGGGCUUUUAUAAUUUAAGGUUACCUCGUGGUGGUCGACAUGAUAAGGCCGAAUUGUAAUUUAAGCGCUCAAGACUUGUGCAACAAUUUUUUUUAUGGAAAUAUAUCAAAAGUUUUACAAUUAAGUUAACUUUUGUAAUC